UUUGGACUAGUGCGGUAUCCGUAGCGCUAGUAGAGGAGAGCAUGGCGGCGCCCUGAGAGCGAGAGUGAAUAACUCUAUAUAGUCUUAUAUAGGGUAAAUAUAAUUACGGGGAACUGCAGGUGGAGAUGGGCUUCCUCUGUCUGUUUUUAGCUGCCCGGGUCUGCGGUUUACGGAGCGCUGGGUCGCUGCUGUCUGUAAGGAGGACGGUCGUGCAGAAUUUACGGGAUUUUAGCGCAGUUUCUAAACGCUGUGUGCAGAUUAGCGAUAAAACAGCAGGUUUAAACCUGGUAACACCGCCAGUCAGACCCCCAGCGCUCUACACCGCAGCGAUCAGCCCGCGGCUGUGGCGGGGCUGUCACUCGGCCGUGGUGAGGGACGUGCUGCUGUUUGAGCAUGACCGAACCCGCUUCUUCAGGUUGCUGGCUCUGUUCUGUGGAGGUCAGUUUCUAUUCUGGACCUACUUGGCCUACUUUGCGUUCACGGGCCUGAGAGACACCAGUAAAAGCGGCAAAGAGCCUCGGAAAGUCAGAACUGACCUGGGACUCUUCAGCUUUGACAUGAACCUGGGAUCUAAUGCCUGGAGGUUUGGAUUCACCCUUUCUUGUCUGGUGAUUGGAGGAGGCAUUGUUGGACUGGGUUUGUUGUUCAGCCGCCGCUCUGUCAGUCGUGUUCUUCUACAUAAGGGAGGUGGAAAGGUGACGGUGCAAACCCAGUCCCCCUUGGGAGCUAGUAAUGCGUGGCACCUUACGGUGCCUUUGAAUCAAGUGGCAUGUCAUGCACACAGGCAGGAAUCCCCCUCCUUCAUUCCUCUCAAAGUCAAAGAUCACAAGUUCUACUUCCUUCUGGACAAGGAAGGGACGCUAAAUAAUCCCAAACUCUUUGAUAUCACAGUUGGUGCCUAUAGACACCUGUAGAUGCAAUGUGCUUUCAUACAAAAAACUAAAAUAAAACCUCCAAUAAAUGUCUGCUUUGAGGAACUUUU